CCCCAUCUCGGUACCAGAAAGACACUGCUGUCCGCCGUCAAUCAAGCAAGCAUAGAACCACUUUCAAAGUCCCGGGGACUAUGUCAUCUCGCCUCGAAGUAGACUUCACUCACCCAGAAGAAGAGCCUACUGUAUUCGUAGAGGGGAGAAAACUCAACAAAUUACCAGACAAGAAACCCACGCGAUGUCCACAAGUCUAAAAUCUCCACAGCCCCCACGGCCAGCCCUGUUGUCAUUACCAAUGGACCACAACAAUCCGCAACUCCCGAUACUUCAAGAAGGCCAACUUCAGCCCAGCCUCCAGCCCCCAAAAAAGGCUGGCUAUGCUCAUUCGUCACUGUUGAAACAACGACAAGCCAUCUCCGAUACCAAUCAAUAGGAUCCAAGCAGGGGUGGGGAGUGACGCUCUCUCUCUCU